AUGGACCCGCAGCAGCGGCGGGAAACCGAGGCCCCUGGGGAGACCGGCCCUCCUGCUGGGGCCCCGCGGCGGGAGCCGGAGGAAGAGCAGCUCGGGGCCUUGGGGUUUCACUCCCGCCGCUGGAGUGGCCCCGACCUCGGGCACCUGUGCCCCCGCGGGCCCUGUGCCGCGUCCACGCUGUCCCGGCUGCUCCGGGCCAGGCCAGCCCCGCGGGGCUGUGGGCGUCCCAUGGCGGAUGGCCCUGCGGCAGGAGAGGCCAGCUCCUCUGGCAGCCUGUGGCCGGUGAUUGCGUCACCCGCGUCCCUGGGAUAUAACCCGGGUGCCGGGCAGCGGCGUGGAGAGCGCUGGGCAGCGAUGGGGGCCGGGCUGCUGGGCGCCGUCCUGGGCCUGGUCCUGGUGCAGGUGGAGGUGGCCGUGCAGGACCUGGACCUGCAGAAGAUUGCGGGGUUCUGGCGGGAAGUCGGCGUGGCUUCCAACCAAAACCUGGCGCUGAAGACCCCGCGGCGGCCGGAGGCCGUGUUCCUGACCCUGCGCGGGGCCGAGCUGACCGUGAAGGCCGCGUACAACAGCUCAGGAAGCUGUGAGACAGAAAACAUAGUGGGCUCAGAGGUCGAUGUUUCGGGGAGAUUUGUUUUUCCCGGCCACAGGGAGAUCCAUGUGAUCGACACGGACUACGAGCGCUACGCCAUCCUCAGGCUGUCCCUCCACUGGCAGGGCAGGGCCUUCCACGUGCUCAAGUACUUCACUCGCAGCCUGGAGGACCAGGAUGAGCCAGGCUUCUGGCGGUUCCGGGAGCUGACGGCAGACACGGGGCUCUACCUGGUGGCCCGGCACGGGAGGUGCGCCAAGCUCCUGAAGGAGGUGAGCAUUCGCCGGCCGCUCUGCCCGCUGAGGCCCCGCCCGACAGGACCGGCCCCGCUAGCCCCGGCCGCCAGGGGGGAGCUGAUCUAG